AUGCCUCCAAGUGAUACCCUGACAGCCGCCGAGUUCCUACUCAUGGCAAAAAGCUGUGCGCAUAAGAUUACCGUACACGAACGUGAACCGAUAUCAACCUCACGAUUCGAACAGGGUGCCGAAGAAGCGGGUAUAGCCUUUGACAACUAUAUCCAGACUGGCCGUCGAUCAACCUCUGCAGCGCUGCAGCCUAUGACAGUCCAAGAGAAAAAACAAUUCGAUGAGAACCGUUCAAUCUUCGAGAGUGUCGCCAAUUUAGCCCCUUCUUUUACAGAAGCAUGCAAGAUUCUCGACAUCACCGAGGCUGUCAUUGCAGCGGCAUGGCUGAUACAGAAGUGUCGAACGAUUGGAGGCGGCACUCUGACGGAUGGCGAUGUGGUAGGCAAGAAGGCAGAAAUAUUGGAAGCACUGGUAUUCAUGAAUACUCGGCGGAAGGCGGAUGGAGAAUUCGGUCCAGCGCUACCGACCAUUGUGGUCUGCGCACCUAAGUCGAUUCCAAAUUGGCAGAAUGCUAUUCAAAAACUUCUGCCGAAAUACCUCUGCCAUCAUUAUACUGUCAAAGAAGAUCAGCAGCCUUGGACCAAGGAAACACUCGAACAAAAUAGUUCAUCCUCCGGCGAUCCUUCUUAUGUCAUAUACAUCACCAACUACGAGUCUCUCCUGCAUCGCCAUGGCGAAGGGAAAGAAGACUUCUCUGGAUGCUUUUCUCUUAUGAUCGUUGAUGACAUCCCCAAUCUUGGUGCUCCGGAUUCCCAGACGUGGAAGACCGUCUCGAAUAUAAAGCCGCGUUAUUGGGUGUUCACUCCGAGGGCACCGAUGAGGAAUUGGUAUGAACAACUACCAAGCAUGUUGGGAUUGCUUUGCCCAGAUUCUCUAUGGGAUGAUAUGAAGGUUGAUAAGGAGUUGAAUCCUUUCGACCUGCCACCCACUGAUCCUCGAGCGGUCCUCCUUGCCACACCAUACGCCGUAAAGAAGUUUCUCCACCCGUAUAUUGAUGACACUACUAUACGGCGCAACAUGCUUACCCGGCUUUACGGACAAGUGAUGCUGAAGCGAACUUAUGGUACCAAAGCCAACGACGUUUCUGUUGCGAAAGAAAUCUUAACCGCCAAGCCACACAACUUUUAUAUUGACUCGAACCCGGACGGGAAACAGAAGAUGGCAGAAAUACUCACUGAGAAUACUAAUGAACUCAUCUACGCAAGUGAAGGUAGAACUCUUCUUGUAGAUGGUAGGAAGCUCAGGACGCUGGUGCUAUCAACUACUUGGCUACCUCUUGUUGCGCUAGGUGACGGCACGGUCCAGGAAUAUCGUACCGACGGAGCCACGUUGAGGGGGUUUCUUAACGAUACCUAUAACUCUUUUGGUGACGAGGUCAUGGGCUUCAACCCGAAGAAUGUGGACAACUUGACCCUUAUAAGAGUACUAUUCACACAGUCACCCAAACUCGAUGCCCUAUGCCGUUCCUAUUACGAGGCGAUUCUACAGAAAAAGACUCUGGUCGUUUGGGUUGAAUAUCUUCUUGAGCAGCUAUUCAUAACACUCGUGCUCAAAUUUCUCGGUGCUAAUGUCGAGUCUAUAUAUCCAGACCUCUCCGACAACGAGAAGUUCGAGAUGAGUAGAAAAUGCCAGGAUCCUUCGCUCAGUCUUCAUCUGAUCACAACAUAUCGAGCUACUGGACCCGGCUUCCAUUUCCAUAGCAAAAAUCACAUAUCGAUACACCUCACUCGAUCCAUCCACGAACUGAUGGAAGUUCAAUCCGCUUCGGACCUUCUUUCUGUUUCGAAAGGUGAUGGACAAUUUGUCCAGAUUUUCAUCUUGAAUGGCUCCUGGGAUGAUCAUGGUUUGCGGGCCCUUUUGGAAACAUCCUUCUCGGAUUUCUACGCUGUGGACAGGGAGGAAAGGGAAAAUCUGAGAGUGAUACCGAAAGAUCAGUGGUAAAGCCAGAGUUUUGAAUGAUUUUAAUCACGGGUCUAGACAAUCAGCUUUGGAAGGAUAGUUGUACCAGCGAUUUUCAAAAGUCCCAGGCGUUUCUUGAGGGAAACAUACUC